AUGGCGCCAAAGGCCUUUAUGAAAGACCUGCGUCGCCUCUCCAAGACAAACUUCCAGAAAGGGGGCUCGAAGCGAUCCAGCCAUGAUGACUCCUUUGCCGGCACCAAUGGCAACGGCCACCCGCUCAAUGGCACCUCCAGCUUGAUGGGCGACAAUUCUUCCUCUAAUAGCUCCCAUACCACGCCGCCCCCCUCCUUACCCACUCUGUCGACGACCCAUCUUCCCUACCUGACCAAGUCGGAGAGCUCGAAUGCACACUCGUCGCCACAGCGGCCCGUUCCAAUCAGCUCUAGCCGAAGCUGUACUGGGAGCAGCCAAUCUUUGCUUCAGCCGUCCCGAAGCACCAUCCCAAUCUCCCCAUUUGCACCACGCGUUACGUCUAUCUCAGAAAACUCAUGGGUAAACCAUAAAAUUCUCCUUAUUUAUGGGCAGGUUGGUGAUGCUCGUCCUCCAAUUGAUGGCACGGUGACCAUCAAUCUUUUAAACGAUUCUUUUCCUUCCACUAUUUGGCCGGUUCAAGGCUCCCAGUUCAAAGCAUUACUGCACCUUGUGCCUGGCCCGAACAAGAUCCGGCUGGACUUUUUUUCUCAUCAAAUCCCAAAUGCCACCGCUCACCAGUCCACAAUCAAUGUGAAUUACUUACCUAUGAUUGAAUGCCCACCGCUGCAUCUCGUCAUCCUUCUGGGCAAAGAUUCCUUGAAGAAAUCGGAUUCACAGCCCGAACAAUCAUUAAGGAAUCACGAUGAACUUGACAUUCCUAUUCGCAAGUAUCGAAUGGCUGCCUAUCUUUGGCAAGCUUUCACGCAGGAACAAAUGUACCGGAAUAAUUUUGCCAGACGUUCAUUUCGAUUCGAAGAAGAAUGGCAGACCGGGACACUGAGCUCAAGAGAUACCAUAUCAUAUCGAAUGAGGAACGAAGCGAAGAUUCAUGUCAUUCGUUGUGAUAAAACUGCUGCUGAACUACGCGCUCUCAGUCUAGAGCAUAGCUCUGACCUUCCCGAAGGAGAGAGCAAACUAUUUAAGGUCGCAAAAGAGGCAAUUCUUGGUUACUUCAACCCUAAGCUAAACCAAAAGACAUAUGUGACUGCCUUGAUUCUUGACAGCUACCCAGGCAGUGAAAUCGUUACUCGCCACGCAGCAGUUGGGCAUGACGUCAAUCUCGCCAUCUUUGGCUCUCAUGCAUUACAUACUUACCCCUCUUGUAUAGAAGAGGUAAUAUCGGCAUUUGCCGACUCUACAGAAAUUGACUCUAACUUCCCAUCCAGCCAACACCAGGAACGAACUGCCAUGUGGGAAGUGGCAAGCGCUAAUAUUGGCGCCCAUCUUCGUGAAAUUGGUCGUAUGUUUGGCUGCCAGCAACAAGACAGUGGCAUCAUGGGUCAAGACUAUCUUCAAUUUAGUAGAUCAUUUAUGAGCUGGAUACCAUAUCGCAAAAAAAACAAAGAAGAUGGCCAACGUCUCUGCCUAGCACAGGACGAAAGCAAUUGGCACCGACUCGACGCUUUACGUUUCCGUCUACAUCCCUGUUUCCGUCACCUCAGUGACCCGGUUCCGUGCUUCAACGGCUCUCUACAGGUUUGGCCUGUGGACGGCGGUAAGAUUGUACUGACAUCACAGGCGGGCAUUGCGUUUAUUGAGGUGUAUACGAAAGGAGACGCCGUUUGCAAGGCAUACCUUGACUACAUGAGCGGAGAACUUGGGAACAUCAACAAUGGUCUUUCUAAACAAGUCACCCUUGUAGAUGACGACAUCCGCACCAGAAUCCCCAAUAGUCCAAAAACAACCAAAAAUAUAAAAUUGGUGAUAUAUUCCGGUUCGUUGUAUUGUCACGCCAUUGAUGAUCUAUUUCAACUCAAGUCGAAGGCCUCCACGAUCAAGCUGCCUAAUGGCCAAACCGGCUAUCGAGGCAACCAGCUGGGUUCGGCAGUCCUUCCAGGAACUGCGGCCGAAGAUCUGAUUCUGGACUUCGCUAUGAUACAAACAAAACUACUCAUCUCCAUCAAAGUUUUUCACAGCCCAUUGUCGGUCAGUGGCAUUGAGUUUCAUUAUGAAGAUGCUACUAUUCAAUUCUUCGGCAACCGGUCUACUCAGUUUUCAGAUGUUAGCGAAUUAGUGCUUGAUACACGGAAGGGGGAACUACUCACUGGCUUUUAUAUUCGGGCGGCGCAGAGCGUGGAUGGUCUGGGUGUUAUCACCAAUAUGGGCAAAAUAAAUGGCGUUUUCGGGAACCCGAGUGCUGGAACUGGGCAUACAUUAAUUGCACCACGAGGUUACAAAAUUGCGGGCAUUUCCGGACUAAUCGGCGAAAACAUAGACGGUUUCUCCUUGAUUAUCACGCGAUGA